GAAGCAGCUGCAGUCAGAUGAGCUGCAGUUUACAGAUAUUGACACACAAACCCUCUAAAACUCGCUCAAAAUCAACCUGCCAGUAAUGAGAAGCACGGCAUGGCAGACAGACAGGACAAUGAGGUGGAGGAGGCUGAGCAGGUGUACCUGCUGAUGAAAGAGGAGUACAGGAUUUCACGCAACGUGCGUCUGUCCUGGUUCCUCAACCGGCUCAAUCAGGUCGUUCGGCCCAGUCCACCGUCUGAGCUGCUGAAGUCAGAGAAUGAGCUGGAUGUUUUGAGCGUCCUCCCGAAAGGAUGGCAGCCCGACUCUUCUUCCUCGUCCUGCCCGUGUCUGCUGGUUCCCUCCACGCGCGUGACCUUCCUGGCGCGCAGGUACCGCUUCAUCAUCGAGCUGGACCUGAGCCCGUCCACCGGGAUCGUGGAUGACAGCACAGGAGAGAUGAUCUUUGAUGAAGUCUUCCACGCUCUGUCUCGGUGCUUGAUUGGUCUGGCAAAACCCUUUAAAGUCCCAGGAACUGAUCACAUGUUCCAGCCAGAGAUCUUCAUCACUAUUCUGGCGUAUUCCUCCAUCAUUGGCCUUAGUUCUCAUCAGGUGUUAGUUCAGGGCUGUCAGCUGGACUGUAUGGAUUUGGAGCAGUUCUUGCAUCAGAUCUAUCAGCAGCUGAGAGCCGUGGAGAGCAGCAUCGCGGACGUCCUACAGCAGCAGCACAAUCAGUUCAGUGGAUCUGUCUAUCAGUCCUUCUCUAAUGAUGCUGUGGAGGAACUGUCUCAGAGGAAGCCGGGGGUUUCCAUGGUGACGGCAGAUGUCGGGCUGGUCAGCAUGGUGAGGCAGGGGAUUCUCGCGCUACAACUUCUGCCUCCAAACUCUGGUGCAGGCAUAAUAAUCAUCACAGAUGGAGUGACGAGUGUUCCUGAUGUUGCUGUGUGUGAAACGCUACUGAACCAGCUGAGAAGUGGAACCAUUGCCUGUUCGUUUGUCCAGGUGGGCGGUGCUUACUCCUAUGACUGUAGUUUUGGCUACAUCCCCAAUGUGGAGCUGAUGAAGUUCAUCUCCAUGGCAACCUUUGGCUCCUACCUGUCCAUGUAUCCAGAGUCCGACUCUACAGGCGACGAGAUGAACGCUUACCACCGCGCCUUCCUCACAUACUCCUUCCUGAGGCCCGGCGAGUCCAUGAACCCAGAGUACUGCUGCUUCUCCCAGCACAGGCUCUUUAAUGAACACCUGGUGUCGGCCAGUGGAAACCCUGCCUUAGUGAUGCGCAGGAAGAAACACACGGAGAAGGAAGUGCACGCUGACUUGAUCAGUGUGCUGUCCAUCAGACUGCGAGAGGGAUACACCAUCCGGGAGAUCAACAUCACUAAAGGAGGAAGUCAGCUGGAGGUGAAGCUGGUCCUCCUCUGGAAGCAUAACAUGCGUAUCGAGUACCUUGCCGUGGCGUCCUGGCCCCUGAAUCCAGUCAAACGCACCACCUGGGUGGAGGUGACCAUAGAGGGCAGCUACGACAUCCUCCAUGACAUCAGCUGCACCAUGCGGAAACCAAUCACAAGCCCCUACCGGACGUCUGUCAUCCGCCGCUUCUGGAACACUCUGCAGAGCAUAAAUCAGACAGACCAGAUGUUGGUGCACCUGCAGUCCUUUAAUUCCAUCCCAGAACACUACACCAUCCCCGAAAGCACGAAAAAUGGGGUUCCUCUGUUUUACAUCCCACCUGGAUCCAGCACACCGGUCCUCUCCCUCCAGCACAGUGGCUCUAAAGACUCCAGCCAAUCACAGUUUGCCUCCUACUGGAAGCCCAUCCUGUCCAUGGACGCCAACUUCUGGCAGCGCUGGCUGCACAUGCAUCGCAUCGCUAUCCUUCUGGAGCAUGACAUCCCGGUCCCAAAGCACGUGCACAACGCUGGCAGUAACGGUCGCUUCAGUACCAUCCAGUGUCGCAUCUCUCACUCGGCGCUCACCUCGCUGCUCAGGGACUGGAGCAGUUUCGUCCUGGUGGAGGGAUACUCGUACGUCAAACUUAUUUACAGUGCCUCUGAGCUGCCCCCCGUCUCCUUCUAUCUGGUGCGUCUGAUCUCUAAAGCUCCCUGCAUGGUGCUGCGAUUGGGCUUCCCGAUAGGAACUCUGGCACACUCCAGGAACAAGAUUGUGGAUGAACUUCGAGAGCAGAUCCUUCGGCUGCGGUUCCCUCAUCGAGUCCAGAAUAAGGAGGCCACACCAAAAACCAAGCGGAAGAUUCUGGGUAACGCGUCGCCCUCCAUGUCUCCGCCUCUUUCUGUGCCCAAACCGGCGCUGUCUGACCGGCCGUGUGUGGUGGUGCUCAACAAACCUCUCGAAAAACUACUGAUCAGGUACGAGAAACUUCCGUCAGAUUUCCGCACCCCUUUCAUUUUAAACAUGGAGCCGUUCGCUCAGCCGCCCAUCAUGGGCGCCCCUCUCAGCAUGGCUGCCAGCAGGACGGCGUCCUCCACCAUGGCGUCUCUGUCCCGAUACUUCCUGCACCAGCGCUGGGUUUGGGCCGUUCAGAAUGGCCCGGGAACCGCCGUGUCGCUGCACGCAGUCGCUCAUAUCCUCUCCAUGCUCUCCGAUAUUCGUCUGUCGGAAGGCUUCCACUUUGCCGCCAGUGGAGAGGGUAUCGUCAACAUGGUGUCAGAACUGCCAAUGCAGGUGAAAAGUCCAUCAGCUGAUUUGGACGGAGAAAAACACACCUGCAUUGUCCAGUACAUCCUUUUCCCACCUCAUUCCACUUCUACCAAGGACAGUUUCUCCACAGAUGAUGACAAUGACACUGAGGUGGAGGCCAUAGAUGUGGACACAGAGCUGAGUUUGGUGACGGAGUGCUGGGUGGAGCCUCAGAGCGGAGCUGUCUGCAGCUCACUGGAGCAGCAGAGACACUUUCAGAAGCUCACGUAUCAGGAGAUCCCUCAGGCUAUUUUUCCACGCGAUCUGUCGUGCAUGACGACGAUGAUCACAUUCGAAUACCUCAUCCAGCUGUGUCAGAAUAAAGAGCAGGUGUGUCCUCUCAGCAGCGUCAGAGAUGCUCCAGGAGAGAUCCCCGCCGCUGCUGCUGAUGACUGCAUACACACUGUGCCUUUCCAGUUCGACCUGAUGAAACUCUUGCCCAAGUGCCAGCAGAUCGAGCUCUUCUUCUACACCUUCAGCCGAGAGGGGCAGGAGGAUGCCUCCCGUAGCGCCUCCUCUCUGCCCAACGACCUCCUCCUCAGCCUCUUCCACGGCUCGCUGCAGAACGAGCUCAGUGAUCGAGAGAUCCUGUUGACUGACGGCGAUCAUGUGGCGUUCAUGCAUCACAUCCUAGAGCGGGAAAGAGAUGGCCACGUGGCUCCGUUCUCACUUCCUGUCAUCAAAGAGGAGAGCUUGAAGCCUCUGGAGAGGCAGGACACUGUUCUGUCUUUCCACACGAUUGGAAGCAGUAAAGAGGUGACGGGCUCCUCCAGCACACUGCAGAGCUUCAGUAAUGCAGAUCUUGUGGAUGACGAGCCAGCUGGCGCGGAGCAGGACUGCUUAUCUCCUCACUGGAAAUGUUACGCCAAAUACAUCAGUCAUCAGCAGAUCCUGCUCACUUUCCUGCCAGCUACAUUCACAGAUGUGCAGAUUUUGAUGUCGUCCGGGCUGGAAACUGAACCUCCAAUCAACAGCAGUCUCCUGGAAGAGGAGGAGACCUGUAGUCACGGCAACGGCCAAUCACAGGCAGACUCCUUCAGCAGCUCUGCCAAUGGUCCACAGGUUGGAACAGGUCAACAUGGAGAAGACAGGAAGGGGUCCACAGUGGAAGCAGGAGCAGCGCUGGAGACGUCUGCAGGACAGAGCAACAUGGACACAAGUGAUGCUGCUUCAGAGGAGAAGGACGGCGUUCAGUUUGUGGAGCCUCAGAAGCGAGACUGUCACAUCACGUUCAGCAGACAGGUGUCUCAGCAGAGCGGUGCCGACGCAGCACGACCCCGCUGCCCCAUCUACAUCUAUAACUGCUCCCUGGAGUCCCUCAAAGAGCAGCUGGUCCACCCGCGCUCAGGACGCCUGCCCAGAGACGUCUUCUUCAGAGCUCAAGAGACAGACUCCUGGGAGUUCAGUCAGCAGCCCAAAUACAGGUCAAUCUCUCAGGAGCGCAGCAGCGCCUCCUCCUGGACGGAGCUCAUGGCGCACCCCCACAAACACAAAGAACUGGCAAACUACUGCAGCCUGCUACAGGAGCACUACUACCAGAGCUAUGUCAAAGGUGUUUAUCGCAGUCUGCAGCAGUCGCACAACGUGAGCUCGCAGGACUUACUGACAGCUAUGGACUACUGCGAGGAGUCGCUGCAGGAGAUCGACAUCACUUCCUUCCUGCAGACGCUCUGCGGACACGUGCGUGUGUUUCGUGAGCGUCACGAGCUGCAUGGCUCUGUCAGCGUAAGCAAGUCCAGUGACGCUUCCACCACCUUCAUCAUCGGAGAGGGAGAGGAUGAUGGAGCUGACAGAGCCACGCUGGUGUCUUCAUCCAGUAUUGAGCUGGAGGAUGUGAGUGAAGCCGAUUCCAGUGGGAAAGUCUCUGCUCCCACAUCCCCGCUGGACCUGGACGAACCGAAGUCUCCAAAAAUCCCAGAAUUCCCUCUGUCGCUCCUCCAGUCCCAGCAGAAAUGUGACGUGUAUCCUGAUUUGCACAAAAUCAUACAGGAUAAGUUCAUGGAAAUCGGUGCUCAGUAUUUCAAGACUGUACCGUCCAAUCCACAUUAUUUCUUUUACUGCCUUCCAUCUUCCAAAAAAGAGGAGGAUUUGGACCGAGAGGGAGAGCGGAGAGCCAGUGAGGACUGUGAGGUGUCUGAAGCUGAACUCGCCACAGAAGACGAGAACGUGUCGGGCUGCUGCAUCGUGACGGAGAGUGACACGGAUCUGGAGGUGGAGUAUCAGGAUUGUGGGAAUGGCAGAGCGGAGGCUGGAGGACAGGGAGCAGGUGAAGGCGAGUCUCGGUCGGACUCCAACACGGUGAACCAGGACGAGGACUCCUUCAGUAUUCUGGACGGAGACUCUCUGCUGGAGGUGGAGGGUCCGCAGCCGGAGAUGCCACCUCUGUUCGUGCACCUCACCUGCUCCGUCAACAUGAAGAGCUGCCAUGGCUCCAUGCCCACACAAACACUGCCAACCUGUCUGGGUGAAGUCAUUACCUGUCUUGAGGACGCUGAGAGUCUUCAGUCGGUGGAUCUGAACGAGUUGUCUGUCACUCUUGAUAUCUUCGUGCUCACGUUACCUCUGGACAUCGAGGUCAUGGCUCCUGACUUCCACCACAACAGAUACACGUCUGAGAGCAGCGUGUCUCUGAACCGCUCUCCUGGACAGCCCUCGUCCUAUCGCUCUGACGAGGAGCUCAUGGCUAAUCUGGACGGCCUGCGCGGGGUUGGUGUGGAAAGUAUGGCUGGAGAUCCGCUGUCCAAACUUCCUAUUCCACACAAAAUGGCUGUUUUAGCCACCAUGGAUGAGAUCCGUUGGCUGUUGGAGGAUGAGAUAGUCUCCGCUCUGCGGCACUCGUCUGUUAUCAGCUCCUCCACGCUGCAGAAAGUGUCGGAGCACGUGUGUCGCUCCAGCGGCCGCCCGCAGUGCCACUGUGAGCUCGUUCCCCUGCUGUUCGUAUUUGGUCCCGAGCAGUCGCUGGAAAAGUUUCAAGAGGAGUUCAAGAGGUUAUCGCUUCCUGGUUACCUGCUGAACGCCGAGCAGCACAACUUCCACUACGUCUCACUGAGUCGCCAGCAGUCUCACAGGCUCCAGGCUGCAAGACAGCUGUCUAGCAUCGCUGCUCAGUACUCAACGGCCGUGGGAACAAGCUCUCAGCAAACCAGCCUGUGUCCUGAGGUGGAGGACGGAGCCAGAGCUUCAGCAAACAUCUGCACGCCAGACAAAGACAGAGAAGGGGACUCCAAGAAAAAAGAGCCCGACACUGAGGUGGAGUGUGGAGACACGCAGAGGGCCAAGGAGGACACGCGGCCUGCAGCAGCUGAUUCAGUCAGUGAGUCUCACUCUGAGACCUCUGACCCCGGGCAGAUCAAACAGGCCGACGCAGAGGAGACUCGACCUCAGAGUGCCAUCAGCAGCGCUGCUCACCUGCAGGCAGGCAGCAGCAGCACCGAGCGCUCGUCUGAUCACACGUCCCCUCCAAAAACCCCCUCGGCUGCCAGCCUGGCCGAGUCCGUGCAGUCCACCACACACAGCAGUGGGAAACUACGGCCCAGUCGAGUUCAGAGCGUCGUCUCCAGUCAGGGCAGCCUGGACUCAGACAUGAUGGGUUAUGAUGGCGGCAGCAGUGAUUCUGAGUGCGACGGACCCACUAUGAAUGAGCAGGAGAGACAGACACCGCUCAUGCCUGAUUUCUGGCUCAUCGUCAGAAUUCAUCAGGACAGAGUGGAGGUUUUCUCUCAUGCCAGGUACUGCUGCAGAGACGCGCUCAGGAGUUUUAACAGAGGGAAAGAGGAGGAAGAGGAGGAGAUCCCAGAGUACCUGCGUCUUCAUCAGCUGGUGGUGAGGAGGAUUGGAGAAAUGUGCCGAACAGUCAACCAGCGCCUCCUGCUGCAGGACCUGCAUGAUAGUCGCGUGUGUCACUCUCUCCUGGUGGCUGAGAGCGAAGAGGACAUCUGGAAGCACGAGUCGCUCUACCGGCCCAGGAUGACCAACUCUGACGACUACAAUGCAGACGAGAGCUAUCAGCCGCGGGACUACCUUGCCGCUACCAUGCAGUUCAUCCCGGGUUACUUCGCCUGUGACGUGGUCUGGAGCACCGUCAUUUAUAUUCACCCACGUCUCAAAAUGGGGCCCAACAUGGGCGUGUCCCGGGCUAUCCAGGCUCUGCGCUCCGUACUAAACGCUUUCUGUGUGGUAAACCGCAAAAACAUGUUUGUUUAUCAGGAGCGCACCACCAAAUCUGUGUUCUACCUCCGACUCUCCGAGACGUCUCAGGCAGGGAAGUACAGUGAUUUGGAUGGAAACGUGCACGUGUCGCGCUCUGUCGGUCUGGCUCGCAGCCAGGAGCCGCUGGGCUCUGAGGACCUCACGGCAUCACGCUCUUCUCUGGAAGGCUCAAGGCCGGUUGGACUGGUGGACAAACACGUUUUGCUGCAGGUGCAUGGCGUAGGGACCGCAGGUCCAGAGAUCACUGAUGAACUGGUGAAGGUUUUGAGGAAGCGUCUGGACGAGGCCACGCUGGACAUUAUCACAGUCAUGCUGGUCAGGAACUGCAAACUGACGCCUGCAGAUGUGGAGUUCAUUCAGCCUCCCGGCUCUCCGGCGACGGAGGUGAUGGAGUUCUGUCUGCCGCAGUACUGUGUGCCGUGGAUCCAGGCGGUGGCUCACUACCUCCAUCAGAACCUCCUCAUCUUCCUCCACAUCCCCAAAUACACUGACAGCAACAUGGAGCACCACUUUAAG